AUGACCGAGCAGGUUCGGUUGAGACGGGCGCUCGUGGUCUGCGCCCUCGCACUUUGUUUCCGCGCGUGCUUCGGUGUGAAGGACUGCACCGGCGCGGACUGCCCCCUGCUGGACAACUGCAUCGAGGAGGUGUUGGAGCGAGGGGCGUGCUGUGCCACCUGUCUGAAGCUGGGCUGCCGGUGCGAGGGCUAUCAGUACUACGACUGCAUCAGCGCCGGGUUCAGAAACGGGAAGGUGCCCGCGGGGGAGUCGUAUUUGGUGGAUUUCGGGAGCACCGAGUGCACCUGCCCUGCCGGCGGAGGCAGGAUCAGUUGCCGCUUCAUCCCUUGUCCCGAGGUUCCUCCUAACUGCAUCGAUUUGGAGAAACAUCCCGACGCCUGUCCUCACUGCCUGCGGGUCGGGUGCGUCCAUGGGAGCCAGAGAUACGACUCGGGUCACUCGUUCCACGUGGAUCCGUGCCUGGUCUGCCACUGUCCUGAUGACGGCGGAGUCCUGAUGUGCUCGCAGGUUCCUGACUGUUCCUCACGAGCGAACAGGAAGCCCGUCCCGCCCACAAACGCCGCAAAGAACGAACGUUUUGUCCCUGCACAAAGAGGCGCCUUCAGCCCCCCCACCAGGGGUCACAAAUACCCAACCAACAUACUCCCGCUUUACACCGAGGGCACAGAGUCUGACGAGAACGACGACUACGAUUACUCACCAGAAACCACCUCGUCACGCCCGGAAGAUUCUUCUUUAUCUACCGAAUCUUCGGUUCGAUCACGGUUCCCAACAGACGCCCGAAAAGAGCUUCGACAGACGGUGGGCACGUAUGAACCCGGACCAGAAGGAACCACAAACCAAACUCCUGCAGCCGUCACUACCUCAUCAACACCUCCAGAAGACCAGGCAGCUUCUGAAAGUGCCGAACAGAGCGCACGACUCGCUCAAACUGGACAAGCCACGGAACCGAGCGACCGUGGGCAUCGCCUACACGGACAGGGCUACCGGACGGACGCCGGGAAGCUUGACCGUACGGUCCCGGGGCGCAACACCGAUCCUAAACUGCAGUUCAGCCCCACAACGUCAGCGCCGGUGAACGUGAGGGAGCAUCACCGACAGCCUCAGACACUGGGCAGGUACCAAGAGGAGAACAACGAUCUCCAUUUAAAGCUAGACCACCAGAGCGUUCUUUCUAGGGAGGAGAUGGACGAAUGUUGUGUAGCUGGUGAGAACUGGGCCUCUGAUCACGCUCACUGCAGCAGUAUGAUCCCCACCAGGACAGAGCUGGGAUCUAUAUGCUGGUCUGUUCAGCUGCAGUGCUGUUUGAGCUCGUGGAGGGACCGAAGGUGUUUGGCCGGACUGAACUCUGCCAGACGGGGGCAGGACUGCCGAACUGACCACUCUGACUGCUCCGACUCUUACAGGGAGUGCUGCAGUUGCUGUGCUCUGGGUCUGCGUUUGCGCUUGGAGCGGGGUCACUGCGAAGCCCCCCGAGGUUUGGGCGAGACCUGCGGCGACGCCCUUCUCUCCUGCUGCGAGGGGACAGAUGGAUCGAAUGGCAGCACGGUCGAAGAGAGUGGACGACCCAGAGCCACCGGCCCACCGAGGAAAGUUUCAGAAGGUCCGGACCGCCAGUCCUUCUCUCUGAGCGAGGACGAGGACUCUGAGAACACGCUGGAGGAGACGGAGGGUCUGGAGGACAUGGACGAGUGCCGGGUGUACGAGGGGCUGCUGUGCCACCAUCGAUGCAUCAACACGCCCGGCUCCUACGAGUGCGGAUGCUUCUCCGGUUACGCGCUGCAUCAGGACGGCAUCAACUGCCUGCCAGUGAGGGCGGAUGAGGAGAACAUACUAAAGGAAUACGACCUCACACCGACUGUUGACCCAGAGCCCACUGUGAUGUCCACCACUCCACCUCACAUUCCAGACCCAUGUGAAGGAAACGGGCCCUGUGCUCAACGCUGCACCCCGGUGGAGGGUCGGCCUCACUGCUCCUGCCAUCCGGGGUUCUCUUUAGGGGAUGAUGAGCGAUCGUGCACAGACAUCGAUGAGUGUUUGCUCUCCACACACACGUGCCAGGCUGGUGAGAGCUGUACCAACACCGUCGGGCGUUUCGAAUGCAGGAGGCAGAUAGUUUGUCCUGCAGGAUACAGUGUGAGGAACGAUCUGUGUGAAGAUAUGGAUGAGUGCACGCUGGGAACUCACAACUGCGCUACGGGCUUCGAGUGCGUCAACAGCGCCGGAUCUUUCAGCUGCAGAGCCAGAGUGAGAUGCCCCGGCGGUUUCACCCCUGAUACGCGGGGUCAGUGUGCCGACAUCGAUGAGUGCAGCACUAUCAGUCAGCCCUGCAGCCCCGGGUUCAACUGCCUCAACACGGUGGGCUCGUACACCUGCCAGCGCAAGAUCAUCCUGUGUGGCCGAGGCUACCACGCCAGUCCGGACGGCACCAGGUGUAUAGAUACAGACGAGUGUGAGACGGGCGCUCACCAGUGUAGAGAGGACCAGCUGUGCCACAAUCUGCCCGGCACGUACCGGUGUGACUGCAGGACUGGAUACCAGUACGACAUGUUCAGGAGGGCGUGUGUGGAUGUGAACGAAUGCUGGCGCUACGCGGGCAGACUGUGUGCUCAGACGUGUGAAAACACCCCGGGCUCGUAUCAGUGCUCCUGCAGACCGGGCUUCACUUUAUCCAGCGAUGGCAAGAACUGUGAAGAUGUGAACGAGUGCCUGAACAGUCCCUGCAGUCAGGAGUGCGUCAACGUCUACGGUUCCUUCCAGUGUUACUGCAAACAGGGAUUCAUCAUGAGCGAGGACGGACUCACCUGUAAAGAUGUGGACGAGUGCUCUCAGAGUGUCGGUCAUCUCUGUUCCUACAAGUGUGUGAACGUACCGGGGAGCUACAACUGUGUGUGUCCUGAGCACGGUUACACCACGGCUCCUAACCAACGCUCCUGCCUCGAUGUGGACGAGUGUGGUGUCGGAGCUCAUAACUGCACUGCAGAUGAAACCUGUUUUAACAUUCAGGGAGGAUUCCGCUGUCUGUCCUUCAGCUGUCCAGCAAACUACCGCCGAGCGGCCGACACACGGUGCGAUCGCAUCUCCUGCGCCGACUUCCUGUCCUGCCAGAACAUGCCGGUGAGGAUCACGUACUACCAGCUGACCUUCCAGACCAACGUCAUGGUCCCGGCGCUGAUCUUCCGCAUGGGCCCGUCGCCGGCGUACUCGGGAGACGACAUCGUCAUCAGCAUCGCCGGCGGAAACGAGGACGGCUACUUCGGCCCGCGCAAGCUGAACGCCUACACCGGCGCCAUCUACAUACAGCGGCAGCUGGCUCAGGCCCGCGACUUCGUGCUCCACGUGGAAAUGAAGCUGUGGAGGCAGGGGACCUUGACCACCUUCCUGGCUCGGAUCUCCGUCUUUGUGACGUCUCCUCUGUCCGCCUGA